CCGAGACACCGGGAGAGGCGGCGCCAGAGGCACACGUACCGGUAGUCGGGCGGGACCAGCCUGACGGCGAGGGCGAGGGCGGCUGUGGCUGGCACAAUGCCGUCCGCCUUCUCAGUCACCUCCUUCCCCGACAGCAUUCCCGCCGUCAUCAUGCAGACAGACUGGACGGAGCCCUGGCUCCUCGGCCUGGUUGUCUUCCAUGCGCUCUGCCUUCUGCUCACGUGUGUGUCCUCCCGGCGAUACAAACUGCAGGUCGGGCACUUCCUGUGCCUCGUGACCUUGGUCUAUUGUGCUGAGUACAUCAAUGAAGUGGCCGCCAUGAACUGGAGGUCCUUUUCGAAAUACCAGUAUUUCGACUCGAGGGGGAUGUUCAUUUCGCUGGUGUUUUCAGCGCCAUUGCUCCUCAACGCCAUGAUCAUUGUGGUCCUGUGGGUCCGGAAGACGCUGGCUGUGAUGGCCGACCUCAAGGCCCUACAGCAGAAGGCGAAGGAGAGGAGGAAGAGGAGGAAGGAGGAGUAGCCGCCAGGUUCCUGGAGCUGUCCCGCCGUGUCCGAGUGCGUCCCGCUGCCAUCCUGAGAACUAAGUGCUGGCGUGGCGGGCCCGUCCCACAGCCACUGUCGUUUGGAAAGAUGGCUUCCUCAAGGCGCUGUUAUGUCUCAGCUGAUUGUGCUCAGGCUCAGGCUGUCUUUGCCAGUUGGUUACUAUUACUAACCUGGGGCUCCUGCAAGACUUACGAUGUGUGAUAAUCCCUCACAAGUCACAGCAUCCAGGACAUCCUCUCAGUCGCCAUGAUGGAUACGCUCUGACCAGUGACAGUGGGUCCUGAGGCUCCGGCACAAAGCCCCUGUGCCGGCGGAGGUGGGCCUCUUGGAGCCAGCCGUCGGAGGAGCCGCAUUGCCAUCUGGGAGCUGGCCCAGCCGCAGCACGAGCUGAAAGUCCCUGUCGCUACAUCGCGGUGCUGGUGGGAAAGGCGCCGGCGUUGGUGGGCCAGGGUUCUCCUUCGCGAGCCACUGAGUCCUCACAGCCCCUGGUAUGAAGCUAAGUGUCCAUACGUCUCGGCCCCUCUCCACACACUCCGUGGGGAUAAGUCCCCCACGGUGCCUCCAGCGCUGGGUACCUGGGUGAUUGACAGCUGGUGCCCUUCAGCAUGGUGUUACGUCAUACUCGAGGAUUUGAAACAAAAAACGUACACACAGCAGCCGCCCACGCUAUAGACACAUCCUACCAAGCAUUUAAAGCAAACACCUGUGGGCUGUGUCCUGGAGCCUCCAGUUACACUGAACAGAAUCGCUGAGCUAAGCAGUUCGCAGUGUGUCUAUGAUUAGUGUUAACUCCAU